CUUCACCAUCGUCCCACAUAAAAAAAGAUUUAAUAUUUGACAAAUUCAAAAGAAAAAAAAAACUUAUUUUCUCUGUAAUAAUAAUGUACGGACAUGGCGAUAUUAUGGCGGCAACAGAACACGAGUACGCUUUGUUAGAGUCGAUACGACAUCACUUGCUAGGAGGAGGAGAGACCGAGUUACAAGUCAGCGAGUCAACACCGAGUUCGUGUCUCACAGAGAGUUGGGGAGACUUGCCGUCAAAAGAGAGUGACUCUGAUGAUAUGUUAGUCUACGGAGCUUGUGACACGUCAUCUCCUUCAUCUGACUUGAGCUGUCUCACCGAUUUUUUAGAGUUAGAACCGUCGGAGAAACACGAAGCGGUGGAUGAGAAAGAAAAGACGGUGGCGAAGCCGGCGGGGAAGGGGAAGAAGCAUUACAGAGGAGUGAGAGAGAGGCCGUGGGGGAAGUUCGCGGCGGAGAUACGAGAUCCGGCGAAGUUUGGGGCGAGGGUAUGGUUAGGGACGUAUGAGAAGGCGGAAGAUGCAGCUUUGGCUUACGACAGAGCUGCUUUUAGGAUGCGUGGUUCCCGCGCUUUGUUGAAUUUUCCGUGGAGGGUUAACUCCGGUGAACCCGACCCGGUUCGAGUACCGUCAAAGAGAUCUUAUACUUCGUCGUCAGAUAACGGGACGGCGAAACGGAUGAGGAAAACGGAGAGCGUGGCGUCGGAGAUGCAGGUGAAGUUCGAGGUUUCAUAAGAGACAUUUGUUGUUUGUUAACAUAGCUUCAUGUGUGUUUUGUGACAUAGCUUCAUGUGCGUUUUGUAGUAAACAGUUUGCUAUUAAAUAUUGCUCCGAAGAGUAAGGAUAUUAUCCUUAAGACUAUCUAAAUAGUUUCAACCUUUGUUCUAAAAAUCGGCUACACGCUAGACGACCCUAUCCCACCCAAAUUUAUGUCAAAUCACUAUAGAAAAUCAGUAGUCCAAUUUUUAUCCGUCUA